AUGAACGUUGAUGAAAGACUGCCACCAAUAGCUUCUGCUAUGGCUUCAACAUCCCCAUCCACAUCACCGGCGGCAUUAUCACGUUCAUAUAGUCGCUCGCGUGGUUCUACGAACAGUAUUUUUCUCCCAGCUAUCAAUGGACUACGAGGGGAGUUCUCUCACACAAGACAAAAUCGCAAGAGCCAAUUAUCACGCCAUACCACAAGUACAACACCUAUGUUUUUCCAUUCAAGCACUACCUCUGGUGGUACGGUUUCUGGACUACAUAGACAAACAUGCCGUGAUACAGAUAAAUAUCUUUUAACGGCUGUUGCGAAAACACGUGCUAUUAUGCAGAAAUUUGUGGGUCAACUUCAAACAUAUCAUACAUUUAACCCAACUUUUGUUAAAGGUGGUGUUUACAGUACUCAAGAGGGAGAAUUGACUUUUGCUUCUUCUGCUGCAUGGGAUACAGUAGGAAGGUCAUUAGAUGCUUCUAACUCAUACAGUGUUCGACAUAACUUUGAUGAGCAUUUUACGUCUUCUUUAGAGCGUAUCCCUUCUGUAAAGGAACAUAUCUUACUUACAUUAAAUAAUUAUACACCACCAAGUAAUGAAGGUGAUUCACCAUCCAAUGUACAACCUGUAGUAUUUAAUGACAGACACUCUGUUUCCUUUGAUCUAUGGCGUCGUGAACACCCAACAGCAUCUGCGGAAGAAGUUCGAAAAGGGUUAAGAUUCUGGGAUAUGGAACGGGCAAAAUAUGAACGGUUAGGACGUCAAGGAAUGUUACGUCAGCAGCAGUCGGAACUUGAUGAAUUGAGUGCAUACUCCAGAGAAAAUGAAGCCACCAUAUCCAAAUCUGUGAUAUCUCGUGAACAAAAACCUGUAGGAAAACUUAUUGAGUUAACACCAGAACAACUUGAACAACAAGCACUCUGGGAAGUUUUUCUUUCUGGUGAACGCAUAUUUAAGCGAAAUGCAUGCGCCGUAAGAGCAGCUUCAGCAACUACAGGGGUAUCAACCGUAGCCUCUAAAAUUAUUAAUGACUACUCUAAAAGUGAUGAACUUCAUGAAUGGGUUGAGUAUGAGUGGAAGAAUAAUACAGAUCGACAUGAGGAGGCAGCUCUUCGCAUUCAAUGUGCAUAUCGUUGUCAUCUUGCCAAGGUAGCAGCAUCAUUACGACGGUACAGACGACAACUUCGAUUUUUAGAGUCACUUCGUGAAGAAGAACACGCGAAACGUUCUUGGAAUACCGCACUACGUGUGGUAACAGAAGAAUUACAUAAUGUGAAUUCCAAUUUUGAUACCACAUGGCGAUCGGUAAAUUUUGUUUUCUCAAAGUUUUACGCCACAGCAUUAAAGCGACGAGCACAGAAAAAAGAGGAAGAAGAACGAAUGCGUGAAGUACAAGAAUAUGCUGCCCUUACAAUUCAACGUGUUUACCGUGGUCAUUGUGAUAGACAAGAAGCUAAGGCCGUACGUUAUCCAGGGUUAAUUCUAUCACGGCGUCAACGUCGUCGACAAGCUGCUGCAAUUAUUCUACAGGCCGCAUGGAGAGGACACAGAGCUCGUGUAUUAUUACAUAAACAACUCAAGGCUGUUCUUGUCAUUCAACGUCUUGUUCGAUCCUCAUCUGCACGAAAACAAUUACGUGAACUUCGAGCAGAAAAGUAUGAAGAUGUGGAAUAUUCCACGCAACAGUUCGCGGCUAGAACUAUUAUGCGUGUUUUACGAAAAUGUGUUUUAAGGCGACGUGAAUAUAUGAUGGAACGGUGGCCACAUGUACAGACAAUACGCCGAGUUGCUCGAGGCUAUCAAGCUCGAUUAGCAUUGCAGCGGCGAAAAUAUCAACUUUAUGUGUUAUCAAAGGCCCUACAAGUGGCUUUAUGGGGACAACGACAUUUUCGUGGUGCCCGUGGUCGUGCUAGAGCGAAAUGGGAACGUGCAAAUAGGGAUAAACUCCUUUAUGAACGACGUUGUUUGGAUGCAGCCAUAGUUAUUCAACGCUCAUGGCGUUUAUAUUCAAAAUUUAUAAAUAAAGGAAUAGAUAAGCAGAAUAAGAAUACGACUGUUGUAACCAAUGCAUGGGACCACAAAAGUGAACCAGUACCAGAGCAUAUUGCUAAACCUGCCUGUAUCAUUAUUCAGCGCUGGUAUAGAAGUAUGAGGGUUCUAAGAAAGGCUAUAGCUGAAAGAAAUGAGAAGAGAAAUCUAUUACUUAUACAAGAAGCUGCAGAGCGAAUUCUUCGUUUCUACCGCGAGUGUAAAUCACGUAAGUUAUCAUUGACAAUUCUGCAAAAAUCAGAAGUUACUGUAGAUGAAAUAAAACCUAUAUAA